AUGUCCACGGGAAUCCCGAGCAGAAAAUUGACGGACAAGCUCGGACAACCCCGAUCCGGAGCGGCUAAUCUGCUUCGUGCUGCAAUAUGCAAAUUCCACAAGCGCGGUGGUCGCUGUGAAGGGGGCGGGGCGGCGAUUGCGCAACGGCGGGUCCGUGGACCUUUCGUGGACGGACGGACGGACGAACGGGACGGCCAGUCCCUGGCUAAUUGGCCACCGCCGACUGACCAUCGAUCCAGCUCCGCUGCUGAUCAUUGUUUUCUACGUGACAGCUCUGCUUCUGCAUUCAUUCAUUUGUUUUCUGGAAGCGUUUUCCGGAUGUUGAACCCCAUAUCAUAG